UCCCUCCUCACAAAAUUCCCAACACUCUUUUGCUAACUAAAUUUUUCACUUGUUUUUCUUACUUAUAUCUCUCACCCUGUGCCGUGCUGCUUCAGUCCUUCAAUCUUUCAGCGAAUCUCGAAUCUGAAUGGCUCAUUUACUAUCUCCCGUUUACUCUGAGGCUCUCAAGAUCCACGAUCCACUGCUGAAUCUGAGUUCUCCUGCCUCAUGGCGGCUUCUCGCCCGGACUUCUAGUGCUUGCAAGUUUGGGAAUGAUUCUGCCAAGCGAAGAUGUUUUGGCAGGGUUAAGGUUGCCGCCGAGGACUCCGCUUCUAGCACUCUCGCUGAUUUUAUUGCCGAUGACUAUUACGCCGUUCUUGGCCUGCUUCCAGAUGCCACUCCGGAGCAGAUCAAGAAAGCUUACUACAAUUGCAUGAAAGCUUGCCAUCCAGACCUAAGUGGCGAUGAUCCCGAGACCACAAACUUUUGCAUGUUCAUCAAUGAAGUGUAUGAGGUCCUCAGUGAUCCUGUUCAGCGCAUGGUUUAUGAUGAAAUUCAUGGGUAUUCUUUGACGUCAAUCAAUCCUUUCUUGGAUGAUUCUAGUCGAAAAGAUCACGUUUUCGUCGACGAAUUCAGCUGCAUAGGCUGCAAAAAUUGUGCCAAUGUGGCCUCUGAUGUGUUUGCAAUAGAGGAAGACUAUGGAAGAGCCAGAGCAUAUAGCCAGUGUGGAAAAACUGAAUUAGUUCAGCAAGCAAUUGAUAGUUGCCCUGUUGAUUGCAUUCAUUGGACAUCUGCGGCACAACUGUCAUUACUUGAAGAUGAAAUGCGGCGGGUAGAAAGAGUAAAUGUUGCCCUGAUGCUUUCAGGAAUGGGAUCAGCAUCAAUGGAUGUCUUUAGAAUGGCAAGCUCCAGAUGGGAAAAGAGGCAGGCAAAAGUCUUGGAAAAAGCAAAAAUAAGAAUGAUGAAGAAGAAAGGUUCUGAUAAAACAAAUCCGUACUGGGACAACCUUUGGGGCAAACCAAAAGACUACAAAAAUUCAGAGGAGGAAGUGAAAGAGAGAGAAAAGAGAGCAGCAGCAGCAGCACGAAGAUGGAGAGAGUACUCGAGGAGGGGUGUGGACAAGCCUCCCACAUUCAAACUUCCAGAGGCAGCCUCUGGCAAGGACAACUGACAAGUAUUUUUCCCUAUACCUUCCGUAUUACAUUUAGUCCAUUGUAAUUAAUUCAUCCAUAGGCUUUCAUCAAAUCUCAUGAAGUCUAUUUCUCAUUGUAAUUAAUAGCUAGCCCUAAUUGUAUAUGCAAGCAACUCUAUGGUAAAUUUAUGACUCGAAUAAAUUAUAGUAAUACAUAAGGAAAAAAUAAAGAAAUUACCUUGUGGCAA